CUCAUGUAAAGAGAUCUUAUAUUAUGCUGCUGUUAUGAAUUGCUCGCAGGCUUGAAGAUGAACAUGCUGUUUUUACCGGUGCUGUUUGCCGUUCUGUAUCAGGUGCAUACAUUGCCACUGCACACUGAGGAAGAUGAGUAUCUUUUCAAAUCAUGGAUGUCUCAGUAUGACAAAAAUUAUGAGAUAAAUGAAUAUUACCAGCGACUACAGAUAUUCCUGGACAACAAGAAGAAGAUUGAGCGCCAUAAUGCAGGAAACCAUAAGUUUUCAAUGGGACUGAAUCCGUUUUCAGACAUGACCUUUGCUGAAUUUAAAAAGUCCUACCUCCUGACAGAACCUCAGAACUGCUCCGCCACUAGAGGGAAUCAUCUGAGCAGUAAUGGGCCUUAUCCUGAUAUGAUUGACUGGAGAACGAAAGGAAACUAUGUAACUAAUGUCAAGAACCAGGGAGCUUGUGGUAGCUGCUGGACUUUUUCCACCACAGGCUGUCUGGAGUCUGUCACUGCUAUUGCCACGGGGAAACUCCUACAACUAGCAGAGCAGCAGCUUGUAGACUGUGCAGGUGCUUUCGACAAUCAUGGCUGCAAUGGUGGCCUCCCAAGUCAUGCCUUUGAGUACAUCAUGUACAACAAAGGUCUUAUGACAGAGCUAGACUACCCCUAUACUGCUAAAGAAGGUGAAUGCAGAUUCAAACCAGACUUAGCUGCUGCCUUUGUGAAAGGUGUUGUAAACAUUACAAAGUAUGAUGAAAUGGGAAUGGUGGAUGCUGUGGCCAGGUUGAACCCUGUCAGCUUUGCAUAUGAGGUGACAUCUGAUUUCAUGCACUACAAAGAUGGAAUAUAUACCAGCACAGUGUGUCAUAACACUACUGACAUGGUGAACCAUGCAGUGCUUGCUGUGGGCUAUGCUGAGCAGAAUGGAACUCCAUACUGGAUAGUGAAGAACUCCUGGGGAACCUACUGGGGAAUUAACGGAUAUUUUUACAUUGAGAGGGGAAAGAAUAUGUGUGGACUUGCUGCGUGUUCAUCCUAUCCUUUACCUUUGGUGUAAAUAACUGAAAUGUAUUUUCUUACACCAUAAAAAGGGAGACAAGUUAUUACAUUUUACUCUCACACAAAAUCAUUUUAUGCACAAUGGACAACAUCUUCAUAAAUGAGUUGUAGUCUAUACUAGCUGUCAGUAAAUAAGUUAAAUACUUAUUUAACUUUGUAAUAAAUAAUUAUUCACAUUCAUUUAAAACAUUCAAUGACACCCCAUUUGCUCUUAAUAUGCUUCAUUUUGUUUUUAAAGUUGUCUGCUUUGUUAAGAUUUUAAGUACAAAACUAUUGUACUGAACUAAA